GGUUAAACACCGCCGACGUUGACAAAAGCCACGAACUUUGAAGCUUUUCUUCAAUAAUGACAAAACCCCGCCAAAAUGAAAAAAAUAUCUACUGAAUUCCUUCGAGUUUCUGCGACAGACAUCUAUGGACUGGUGAGAACUGAGCAUGGCCGGCACCGGAAUUCUGGUCUUUCCAUCUCCGCCACCCAAGGUAUGUAAAAACACUUCUGUCUCAUGCUGCUGUUCUGCUUCUGUUGUUGUGACGCCUGCUAUACAACAAUCGUCUGAUAGUAAUACUGACAAUGAUAAUAUCGCUCCUAAAAGUUCCAAGAAAUUUAGCUAUCGGAGAGCCUCACCAUCUGUUAGAUGGCCCCACCUUAAAACCACUCAAAACAACCCUUCAUCGGAUACCCACCUUGCCGUUGUCUCUCCGACACUGACCCAUGUCGUUGAUGACGGUGGGUUUGAGGUUGAGACCUCGAAUCCUGAAGGAAAAGGGGAAUCCCGGGAUGUUGAGGGGUUGGAACCUUUGGAGAUUAGUGAUGAGAGCCAAGAAGUUUUGGGUAGGGUUAGCAAGACUAGGGUUAAGAAAAUGAACAAACUGGCCUUAAAGAGGGCUAAGGACUGGAGGGAGAGAGUGAAAUUGUUGACUGAUAGGAUUCUAGCACUGAAACAAGGUCAAUUUGUGGCUGAUGUGUUGGAUGAUAGGAAGGUGCAGAUGACCCCCACUGAUUUUUGCUUUGUGGUUAAGUGGGUAGGCCAGGAGAACUGGCAGCGAGCCCUGGAGGUGUAUGAGUGGCUUAAUUUGCGGCGUUGGUUUUCGCCUAAUUCCCGGAUGCUUGCCACAAUAUUGGCAGUCCUGGGGAAGGCCAAUCAAGAGGCCUUGGCUGUGGAAAUCUUUAUGCGAGCUGAGCCCAUCCUAGGAAACACUGUGCAGGUGUACAAUGCCAUGAUGGGUGUCUAUGCACGCAGUGGACGUUUCAAUAAGGUACAAGAACUGCUUUAUUCAAUGCGUCAGAAAGGGUGUGAGCCUGACCUUGUGAGUUUUAACACCUUGAUAAAUGCUAGAUUGAAGGCUGGUUCUCUGGUGCCUAAUUUGGCAAUUGAACUUCUGAAUGAGGUCAGGAGUUCUGGUCUUAGACCAGAUGUAAUAACUUAUAAUACUCUUCUCAGUGCUUGUUCACGUGACUCGAAUCUGGAAGAAGCAAUGAAAGUUUUUGAUGAUAUGGAAACUCACAGUUGUCAACCUGAUCUAUGGACUUAUAAUGCUAUGAUUUCAGUCUAUGGAAGAUGUGGGAUGCCUUAUAAAGCAGAGCAGCUAUUUAAACAUUUGGAGUCAAAGGGGUUUUUUCCAGAUGCUGUGACAUACAAUUCAUUAUUGUAUGCUUUUGCAAGAGAAGGGAAUGUAGAUAAGGUGAAAGAGAUUUGUGAAGAAAUGGUUGAAGUGGGGUUUGGUAGAGAUGAGAUGACCUACAAUACAAUCAUUCACAUGUAUGGGAAGCAGGGCCAGCAUGAUCUAGCGUUGAAGCUUUACAGGGACAUGAAACUGUCAGGGCAGAAUCCAGAUGCAGUUACAUACACUGUCUUAAUUGAUUCGCUUGGUAAAGCAAACAAGAUAACUGAGGCCUCCAGUGUAAUGUCAGAGAUGAUGAAUGCAGGAGUCAAACCCACUUUGCAGACUUAUAGUGCUUUAAUUUGUGGGUAUGCCAGGGCUGGCAUGCAAGUGGAGGCUGUGGAGACGUUUGAUUGCAUGUUGCGGUCUGGGAUUAGACCUGAUCGCUUGGCAUACAUUGUUAUGUUGGAUGUCUUUCUGAGAUGUAAUAAGACAAAGAAGGCAACAAUGCUAUAUCGCGAAAUGAUUCAUGAUGGUUUCACACCAGAUAGUGCCAUUUAUGAGGCGAUGCUUCGGGCACUUAAUAGUGAAAACAAAGUAGAAGAUAUUCAGGAAUUGAUCAGGCACAUGGAAGAACUAUGUGAUAUGACCCCACAGGCUCUUUCUUCUCUUCUUGUCAAAAGUGAAUGCUGCGACCAUGCUGCUGAUAUGCUAAGAACAGGCAUAAGCAAUGGCUAUGCAGUGGACCAUGAAAAUUUGUUAUCUAUUUUGAGUUCAUAUAGUUCAUCUGGAAGGCACUUGGAGGCACGUGAGUUACUUCAGUUCCUAAGAGAACAUACUGAAAGCCCCAAGCAAUCGCUAACUGAAGCCCUAGUUGUUGUGCUUUGCAAGGCCUCUGAGUUAGAUGCUGCCUUAAAGGAAUACAGUAAUGCUAGAGACUUUGGUUUUUUUGGCAGGAGUUGUACCAUGUAUGAGUCCCUUGUUCAGGGCUGUAUAGAAAAUGAACGUCUUGCUGAUGCUUCUCAGGUUUUUUCUGAUAUGAGAUUCUAUGGUGUUGAACCUUCUGAGAGUUUUCUCCAGGCUAUGGUGAUGGUUUAUUGUAAAAUGGGCUUUCCUGAAACAGCAUAUCAUUUGAUUAUUCUGGCUGAAAGGAAAGGUAUUCUAUUUGAUAAGUGUACCAUUUAUGUUGAUGUUAUUGAGGCAUAUGGAAGGCUGAAGCUCUGGCAGAAGGCUGAAAGUAUGGUGGGAAAUAUCAGACAAAGACAUGCAAGUGUGGAUAGGAAGGUCUGGAAUGCACUAAUUCAAGCUUAUGCUGUGAGUGGUUGCUACGAGCCAGCAAGGGCUGUUUUCAAUACAAUGAUGAGAGAUGGUCCUUCCCCAACCAUGGAUUCCAUUAACGGUCUCUUGCAAGCUUUGAUUAUUGAUGGAAGAUUGAAUGAGCUUUAUGUGGUAAUUCAGGAGUUGCAAGAUAUGGGUUUUCAGAUAAGCAAGAGUUCUAUUCUUUUGAUGCUUGAUGCAUUUGUACAAGCUGGAAAUGUAUAUGAGGUAAAGAAGAUAUACCAUGGAAUGAAAGCUGCUGGCUAUUUUCCUUCAAUGCAUCUUUACAGGAUUAUGAUUAGGUUGUUCUGCAAGGGAAAGAGAGUAAGGGAUGUUGAAGCUAUGGUAUCUGAUAUGGAUCAAGCAGGGUUUCAGCCUGAUCUUCCAAUUUGGAAUUGUAUGCUUAAAUUGUACUCAGGAAUUGAGGAUUAUAAAAAGACAGCCCAAAUAUACCAGCAGCUCCAAGAAGCUGGACUUCAACCAGAUGAGGAUACUUACAACACUUUGAUCAUAAUGUACUGCAGAGAUCAUAGACCUGAAGAGGGUUUGUCUUUGAUGCACGAAAUGAGGAAAGUAGGUUUAGACCCUAAACUGGACACUUACAAAAGCCUGAUUUCAGCAUUUGGCAAGAUGCAACUCCCCAAACAGGCUGAGGAAAUAUUUGAUGAGUUGUGCUCAAAUGGUUACAAGUUGGACCGCUCUUUCUACCAUACAAUGAUGAAAAUAUAUAGAAACUCUGGAAAUCAUUCUAAAGCUGAAAAUCUAUUGAGCAUGAUGAAAGAGGCUGGAGUGGAGCCCAGUCUUGCCACAAUGCACUUGCUUAUGCUUUCUUAUGGAAGCUCUGGACAACCACAGGAAGCUGAACAGGUGCUUACUAAUUUGAAACAAACAGGAUUCAACCUUACUACAUUACCAUACAGUACACUUAUUGACUCUUAUCUACGGAAUGGAGAUCAUGAUAUUGCAAUUCAAAAGCUAAUGGAGAUGAAGAAAGAAGGCCUGGAAGCAGACCACAGAAUAUGGACAUGCUUUAUCAAGGCUGCAAGUUUGUCACAGCACACAAAUGAGGCUAUUUUCCUCUUAAAUGCACUUCGUGAUGCUGGAUUUGAUCUUCCUAUCAGGCUUAUGACAGAAAGAUCUGAGUUACUAGUUUCAGAGGUGGACAAUUGUCUGCAGAAACUAGAACCCAUGGAAGACAAUGCAGCCUUUAACUUUGUGAAUGCUUUGGAGGAUCUGUUGUGGGCAUUUGAACUUCGAGCUACUGCUUCAUGGGUUUUCCAAUUGGCAAUUAAAAGGUGCAUUUAUCGCCAGGAUGUAUUCAGGGUAGCGGAAAAGGAUUGGGGUGCUGACUUUAGAAAGUUGUCAGCAGGUUCAGCCCUGGUUGGUCUUACUUUAUGGCUUGAUUGUAUGCAGGAUGCGUCACUGCAAGGCUAUCCAGAUUCUCCGAAAUCUGUUGCUCUGAUAACUGGGAUGGCAGAGUACAAUAUGGUUUCACUUAACAGCACGUUAAAGGCAUGCCUUUGGGAAAUGGGGUCUCCAUUUCUUCCUUGCAAAACACGGAGUGGUCUGCUUGUGGCUAAAGCUCACUCUCUUAGGAUGUGGUUGAAGGACUCACCAUUUUGCUUGGAUCUUGAAUUGAGGGAUUCUCCAUCCCUCCCGGAAUUAAACUCAAUUCAAUUAAUUGAAGGGUGUUUUAUUAGACGUGGCCUUGUUCCUGCCUUUAAGGAUAUAACCGAGCGGCUUGGAUUGGUGAGGCCAAAGAAAUUUGCUAGACUGGCUUUGCUAUCAGAUGAAAAAAGGAACAAAGUUAUUGAAGCUGAUAUAGAGGCGGGUAAAAGAAUGUUAGAAAAGUCGAAAACAAAAACUCAGAACAGAAGGACCAGGAUGAUCAAGAAGUUCAGGAGAAAAUUUAGUCCAAGAGCCAAUGUGAACAAGUAGGAGAACAGCAGAGCAUGUAAGAUAAUAGAUUUUUUUUUUUUGUAUCAGAAGGUAUGGCCAUCUUGAGUAUAUCAAAUUAUUUUAUUUCAACUUCCCCAUUCCACUUCCGCUUUGGAAUUGACAAGAUGCAAAAUGCUCAGUCGCUUGCUUACGUUAAGAAUGUUAUGAAUAGAAAGAUAUGCUUGUGUAAUUGGAAUUUCCAUCCUUUUGGGGUAAAGACGUAAAGUUCUAUUUACUUUUAUCUUACUUUGUAGUAAAUGACAGUCAACAAA